GUGUUGUAGCUCUGUCAAUCCUUGGAUUAGAACCAAUGAUUGCAGCUUGUAGGAGGGCUGUCCAGGGCCAGAUUGUACAAUGUGCCUCAGUGCCAGAGUAUGAGUGGAGAUAAUUACGGAGAAGUCAGACUCUCUCACGCCCUCGGCUUCCUUGUUAUGUCCUUCAGCAAAACAGUGGAUUUAAAUCUCGGACGAGCUUGAGAGCAGCACAAUCUAUCAGGAGGAAAAAAGAAAGAGAGAGAGAGAGAGAGAGGAAAAAACCGAUCCUGACAAAAAAGAAGAAAAAGAAGAAAAAAAUAUGAAAACCAUCCAGGCAAAAAUGCACAAUUCUAUCUCGUGGGCAAUCUUCACGGGGCUGGCGGCUCUGUGCCUCUUCCAAGGAGUGCCGGUGCGCAGCGGAGAUGCUACCUUUCCCAAAGCUAUGGACAACGUGACGGUCAGGCAGGGGGAGAGCGCCACCCUCAGGUGCACGAUUGACAACCGAGUCACCCGGGUGGCCUGGCUAAACCAUAGUACCAUCCUCUAUGCUGGAAACGACAAGUGGUGCCUAGAUCCUCGUGUGGUCCUCCUGAGUAACACCCAGACCCAGUACAGCAUUGAGAUCCAGAAUGUGGACGUGUAUGACGAGGGCCCUUACACCUGCUCGGUGCAGACAGACAACCACCCUAAGACCUCCAGGGUCCAUCUCAUUGUACAAGUAUCUCCCAAAAUUGUAGAGAUUUCUUCAGAUAUCUCCAUUAAUGAAGGGAACAACAUCAGCCUCACUUGCAUAGCCACGGGUAGACCGGAGCCUACAGUAACCUGGAGACAUAUUUCUCCCAAAGCUGUGGGCUUUGUGAGUGAGGAUGAAUACCUGGAGAUUCAGGGCAUCACCCGGGAGCAGUCCGGCGACUACGAGUGCAGCGCCUCCAACGACGUGGCUGCACCAGUGGUACGAAGAGUGAAGGUCACCGUGAACUAUCCACCAUACAUCUCAGAAGCUAAGGGUACAGGUGUGCCCGUGGGGCAGAAGGGGACUCUGCAGUGUGAAGCCUCGGCAGUCCCUUCCGCAGAAUUCCAGUGGUUCAAGGAUGACAAAAGACUGAUUGAAGGAAAGAAGGGAGUCAAAGUGGAAAACAGGCCUUUCCUCUCAAAGCUCAUCUUCUUCAAUGUCUCCGAACAUGACUACGGGAACUACACGUGUGUGGCCUCCAACAAGUUGGGCCAUACCAAUGCCAGCAUCAUGCUAUUUGAACUAAAUGAGCCUACAAGCUCAAGUUUGUUGCAAGAAGUGAAAACUACAGCCCUGACCCCUUGGAAAGGCCCUGGUGCUGUCAGUGAGGUGAACAAUGGGACUUCAAGGAGAGCAGGCUGCAUUUGGCUCCUCCCUCUUCUGGUCUUACACCUGCUCUUAAAAUUUUGAUGUGAGUGUCCCUUCCCUGCUGGGGAGAGCUGCCGCCACUGCAUCUCAACACAACAGCACUGCAACACGACAGCGACAAGUCAGAAUCAAAUGAAAUUCAGAGAAUCACAGCCAAUGGGACAGAAAUUCGAGGGAGGGGAAACAAAGAAUACUGUGGGAAAGGGAAAACAAAAGUUU